UGCAAUAUGUUUUUUUCAAGGGGAAAUGAUAGAAAGUCAAAGCAACAAGUGUGUAGCUUAAGAAAGACACAGAGUAGAUUGGAAAAGCUUUAAUCAUCGGCUUUGAAGGAGGUGAGGAACAGUCAGAGAUAACGCAGCUUUUUAACCUAACAAUGAUGAUGUUCACGCGCAAAAGCGCUUAUAGAGCUACUGCUUCGGAUUUUCGGAUUCUUCAACAACGUAUGGAAAUGGGUAUCUUUCCUUCUUCUUUCUUAUUCUUCAAUCAUCACCACAUCUCCACUUCUGCUUGUACUAGGAAACCUUCUUUGCCUCAAAACAAUGGUGGGUUUGCUAGUAAUAAUAGCACUAACGUCAGUAUUGAUGAUGCUUUGGCUUCAUUCUAUCGUAUGGUCCGCAUCAAUCCUAGGCCUUCUGUUGUGGAAUUUGUUAAAGUCGUAGGCUCCUUUGCCAAAAAAAAACAGUACUCUACUGUUGUCUCUUUGUGCAAUCAAAUGGAUUUGUUCGGUGUUACCCACGAUGUUUAUUCUCUAAAUAUAUUGAUUAACUGCCUUUGUCGCUUGAACCAUGUUGAUUUUGCUGUCUCUGUCUUGGGUAAAAUGUUCAAACUGGGUAUUCAUCCCACUGCUAGCACAUUCAAUGCACUCAUUAAUGGUCUCUGCAAUGAGGGAAAGAUUAAAGAGGCAGUAGGAUUGUUUAAUGAGAUGGUACGGAGAGGGCAUGAGCCUAAUGUGAUUAGCUAUAAUACUAUAAUCAAAGGUUUGUUCAAAUCUGGCAACAGAAAUAUGGCUGUUGACGUGUUCAAGAAGAUGGAACAAAAUGUGUGCAAGCCAGAUGUGGUGACAUAUAAUACAAUCAUAGACAACCUUUGCAAAGAUAGGCUAGUAAAUGACGCCGUGGAAUUCUUAUCUGAAAUGCUGGAUCGGGGCAUUCCACCAAAUGUUUUUACUUACAACUCCAUCGUCCAUGGUUUUUGCAAUUUAGGACAACUGAAUGAAGCUACUAGACUGUUCAAAGAAAUGGUUGGCAGGGAUGUUAUGCCAGAUACAGUGACCUUAACUAUUUUGGUUGAUGGGCUGUGCAAAGAAGGAAUGGUUUCAGAAGCUCGGCAUGUCUUUGAAACAAUGACUGAAAAAGGUGUAGAGCCAAAUAUUUCCACUUACAAUGCUUUGAUGGAUGGGUACUGUUUACAGCGCCAAAUGAAUGAGGCCAAGAAGGUGUUUGAAAUCAUGAUUCGCAAGGGUUGUGCACCUGGUGCACAUAGUUACAACAUCUUGAUCAAUGGAUAUUGCAAAAGUAGAAGGAUGGAUGAGGCAAAAUCACUCCUUGCUGAAAUGUAUCAUAAAGCAUUGAAUCCUGAUACUGUCACCUACAGCACUCUUAUGCAAGGUCUGUGCCAAUUAGGAAGACCUAAGGAAGCUCUCAAUCUUUUCAAGGAGAUGUGUUCUUAUGGCCCGCGUCCAAAUUUGGUGACUUAUGUGAUUUUACUAGAUGGCUUCUGCAAACAUGGGCAUUUGGAUGAGGCAUUAAAACUGCUCAAGUCAAUGCAAGAGAAGAAUCUAGAACCUAAUAUUGUCCAUUAUACUAUCCUUAUUGAAGGCAUGUUUAUCGCUGGGAAGCUUGAAGUUGCGAAGGAAUUAUUUUCCAAGCUUUUUGGGGAUGGAAUACGGCCUGAUAUACGGACAUACACUGUCAUGAUCAAGGGACUGCUGAAAGAAGGGCUGUCAGAUGAAGCAUACGAUUUAUUUAGAAAAAUGGAAGAUGAUGGCUUCUUGCCAAACAGUUGCUCAUAUAAUGUUAUCAUUCAAGGAUUUCUUCAAAAUCAGGACUCAUCAACUGCUAUACGACUUAUUGAUGAAAUGGUUGGUAAAAGAUUCUCGGCGGAUUUGUCUACAUUUCAGAUGUUAUUGGAUUUAGAAUCUCAAGAUGAAAUCAUAAGCCAAUUUAUGCGUGGAAGCUCUCAAGGUAACAAAAUGAAGUGACAUUUUCCUAUAAAGUGACGUAGUAGGCUGAUGAGCCUCUUGUGAGUUAUAACGAUACUCUCGGUUAUUUAACUUUAUUGAAUUGUUUGUAACAUCUAGGGUGACUUCUAGGGAUCUGUUUUUGGCACUAGAGCUCACCUUGCAUUGUGUGUUGAGUUGAAUCUAUGUAGUACAAAGUCCAAAAUAUACAAUAACCAGUCUUGUUUUCCUUUAUGCGAUGGAUUUUUAACUUGAAGUAGGUUUUUCAAGUUUGGAAUCUGCACCUAACAUGUGACCUCUACUAAUCGUAACAAAGGAAUGAUUCAAAAAAGUGAACUCGAGGGUUCUCUUCAUCUUGUUCUUUUAUCCACGUUACAGCGGGUUUUAUUGGAGCUGAUCUGAAUGUGCUGUUGACAAGGCUGGCAAUCUUUCUAUAGAGAGAAAUGGUUAGCAGAGUCUCUUCUAUCCAGAGAAUCUACAGUUUUAGAACACAUGCGGAAAUGGUGGACGAUACCUCGGUUGCCAUCAUCAUGACAAUCUACAGUUUUAACGGUUUUCUUGAAAAGAGGACUCUACAGAAGCAGUAGCACAAGCUUAGGUUGUUUUAUGCAUUGCAAGUGGUCAUUUGCCUGGUACUCGAAUUGUUUGAUUCAGGUUUUGAUUUCCAGAGUCUGCAGACAGGAUUAAACUGCAAUUCUGCAGAAAAUGAGGUGAGGAGAUUUAAGAAGGAUUCCUGCCAUUAGAACAUCUUGUCGUUCCUUUGAUUAAUGCCAAAUUGUAUGCAGCAGCUUUCGAGCCUUCAAAGAAGAUUACAUCUUUAAUCCUGAGUUAAA